AUGGCUGAAGCAACGCUCACAGGAUUUUCCAGCUUCCUGGAUUGGAAGCUUCUGACAUUCCACAAGCCACUGCCCCGUGCCUGUAUCUGCGACCUCUGCGGAUUAGUGUCGCAGACGUCAAUGGUGGCGGUCUGUCUGCAUGCCUUCUGCCUCGAUUGUUACCAGCGCCUCUUACUCGAGGCUAGUCCUAAAUGUCCUCUCGACGCAAUGGAAAUCAACCCAGACGAAAGCAUGCACUUCGUUCUUGGGGAUGCCCCGAGAGAUAAGCUACUGGUCAGCUGCCUGAACGCUCGACAUGGUUGUGACUUUCAAGGACCACUUUUUGAUCUUGAAAAUCACUUUGUGAAGAACUGCCACUUCCACAUGGUGUCUUGCAAAGGAUGUGGCGACUCCGUCCUUCGUAACAACGUACUGGAGCAUUUGAAUGCAUGUCGCCUUCAAAAUAGACGUGCGGUGUCUGUUGGGACAGAAAGUAGUAUUUUAAAUGAAAAAGUAAAGUUUUACAAGGACAACUGUGCAGGGGUCAAUUCUCCGGCAGCCAAUGCUGUAAUUUGCGCAGGUGAUGACAACGUCAAUGUCCUCGUUGAGUCGAUGAGAAAGUGUUCCCAGUCUGUCAAUGAUCUCGAAAAUCUGGCAAGGAAUCUUGUCGAGUCUGUGAAGCACUGCGUUACAAAUACAGACAAUGCAACAAACAAAACAUCAGGUUUCAUUGAGUCGAUAGAAAAUUGUGCUACGGUAGUCAAAAACAUCCAUGCUCUAUGUGAGAAACUUCCCAAUAACUGGGUGGCUACGUGCCUUCGGCCAGGUGAUCUUGGCGAAGCGAAACACCAUUUUGUAUGCAGAAACUUUUAUUCGAAAGUGAAAUAUGCCCCAGCUGGAUGCGAAACUCUGUACUAUUAUCCGGCAUGUCCGAAGGGAGAGGUAACACUUAACGGUUACCAGGUUAAGCUUUCGCAAAUCUGCAAAUUCAUCCGAACUCCAUAUUAUAAUGAUACCUUUGUCAGCUUCAAGUUGGCAUUUGUCGGUCAAGCGAUAACAUCUGGGCUGUCGAUAGACAUCACACUAGUUCUGAUUCACCCAACCGAUGCUAGUCUGAACAAAAUUCGCCCCCUGUUGCCCGCUGAGCUCUUCGAAACCAGCGAUCCUCUAAAAGGAUUUGACUUCGAAGCAAACUCUUUGUUCGAUGAAGGCUUCGUUGUAGAUGAUAGGAUUGUUUUGUGCUUGGAAGUAGGUAACUGA